AUGCCUAAGCCCGAGCCUCCCGCCCUCAUACCCUUCGAGCCUGUCAAGAGCGCCCCGCAAGGGGGCAAAUGGACGAAGCAGGACCUCGUUGACCACGUCAAAACGGCGAUGGCCGUCGAGCUUGGUACUUUGCCCAUCUACUUCUGUGCCCUGUACAGCAUCCACCGUGACAACGGCGGUGUGGGCUCGAAGGCCCGCGCACACAUCCUUUCGAUCGCCGAGCAGGAGAUGUUGCACCUUGCACUUGCGGGCAACAUGCUGUGCUCGCUCGACGGCAAACAGGCGCUCUACGACAAGUGCUUCAUGCCGACGUACCCGUCGGAGAUCUUGUUCGACAAGAUACCGAUGAAGCUCCAGCCGGCCAACAAGGAGAACCUGGAAUGCUUUUUGAAGAUCGAAGCUCCGUAUAUGCCGCCGCCAGUCCCGCCGCCCGAGCCGCUCAUGUUCACGGCCAUGGCUAUGGCCAUCGAACCAAAGUCAUUCAUACCUGAGUACCGCAGUAUCGGGCAGUUCUACAACAACGUCGAAGCGGGCAUCCAAGAACUCUCUGCUAAAGACCCGGAUCUGUUCUCCGGCAGCAGAGCGAACCAGCUGCGGGGCUCCGAGUUCUUCGAUAGCAAGAUGACCGUCGUCUACGACAAGGUCACCGCGCUCGAGGCGCUCACCACGAUCGUCGACCAGGGCGAAGGUAGCAUCGGUAUCCCAGAGUCGCACUACACCAUCUUCGUCGACCUCUAUCAGCAGCACAAGCAAUGGCGAUGCGUGGACUACGUCGACGAGCCGAGCACGGCCGCGUACGAGAGCAAGAACAAAGUCGCCUAUCAUCUUUCGCGCGCCGUGGACGCGUCGUACUGCUUCCUGCUGCAGACCAUCGAUCGCUGUUGGGAGGGCUCCGUGGCAGACGGCGCUGGGCGCAAGCAGCUCCUCCGCAACAUCCACCAGCUGAUGGUUGAGGUCCUUUCCCCUACCGCCCACGUCCUGGUGCAACAGCGCAUUGGCAACAAGUUCGCAGCGCCGUGCUUCGAGUUCUACCCCCAGGAAGACGGGCUGCCGCUGCCACCGAGACAGUUGUUCGAGGCGCUCAAGAAGGAGAUUGACGCGGCGCAGAAGGCGAUUGAUCCUAAAGACUCUACCUUGAAGGAUAGCGCUGCCGCCAUCGGGAGGAUCGCGUUCUGCCUGAACAACUUCAGGGCGGUCUAG